AAACUUUGAUCUCACCGACGUGCCGCAAACAUUAAAAAAAGCGAAUUUAUAUAAAAAUCGAAGCACAGUAGAUGAACUUACAGACCAUAAACCGUCACCGAAAAUGAAAGUGUUGCUUGCUAUUGUUGGGCUUCUGGCUCUUGGCCAAGCCAAAGACCUUGUGGACUACCGCGUGGCUCUAUCCAAAACGGCUGAAACACCCAAAAACUGUACUACUUCUGGACUUUUCUGUGAAACUUGCACCAGUCUCGUGGCAUGCAUGCAAAACGGAAACACUUAUACAAAAGAGAACAUCCAAACUUGCGACUCCGGCGAAAAAUGUAUCAACAAUGCGUGCACUGACGCAGAAGAUCCCAUUUGCGAUGGUAUCGCAGAUUUGGCGUUUCCCUGUCAAACUGUAGGUAUCUUCCCGGAUCCUUUUUAUUGCAACAAGUUUGUUUUAUGCGUCCAAGUAAAAAACACCUUGCAAGCCUACCCCAAUCAAUGUGAAGAAGGACUUGGCUACAAUAUUGGUACCGGACUUUGCGACAUUAUUCUGCCAAAUGGUGUAUGCCCGCAAGGCGAUUAUCCCGUUCCAUUGUGUACGAGGAUUAGUCAGAGUGAUCAUCUGGAGAAUAAGCCGCAGGAGUACUACACGUGCAAAGAGUACAGUACUGCUAAGGAUGUUUUGUAUCCAUUUAUUAAUGUUUGUCCUCAAGCUCAAAUUUAUAACGAUUACACAUGCGCUGCAGCUUAGAGGACCUAGUAUUUGAUGAUUAAUACGAAAGACAUAUUUGCUUUAUUGUACCAGUUCCUGAAAUAAAACUUAUAAUUAUAUAAAUAUAUUAUGAAAGCUAAA